AUAAUAAUAAAAAGCCCAAAUCCAACCCUAAAAUGGAACCCUAAGAACCCAUAUUCAGAAAAUCAACAUAUAUAUUUGUUAGAUUCAUAAACCUAAUUUUCCUCAAAAACUUUUCCCUCAAUCCCCGCACAGUUCUAGGGUUUUGUUAGCAGCUGCGACAGAAGAAAUGGGAAAAGGAACUGGAAGCUUUGGAAAGCGAAGGAAUAAGACCCACACACUUUGCGUUCGAUGUGGACGCCGUAGCUUCCAUCUCCAGAAGAGCCGUUGCGGUGCUUGUGGCUACCCUGCCAGUCGCAUCCGAAAAUAUAACUGGAGUGUGAAGGCUAUUAGAAGAAAGACGACUGGGACAGGCCGCAUGAGGUACCUCCGUCAUGUGCCCCGAAGGUUCAAAACUGGAUUUAGAGAAGGCACUCAAGCAACUCCAAGGAAGAAGGCAGCUGUUGCUGCAUCUUAAGUUGGUUUUGGUGUUUUGUUUUUGAGAUUUCUGAAUUUACACAAACUAGAAGUUUUUAUGAUUUUUAUCAUCAUUUUGUACUUUUAUUAUUUCAACCUAAUAUCCAUGAACAGAUAGUUGUGUUUUA